AUGAAAGAAGUUAGCAUUUCACUGGAACUAGAACAUAGACAAGAAGAUGAAUUAAAUAGUAUAGAAUCGAUUUAUGGUGAUAUUUUUAAGAAUAUUACAUCAAAAGAAUUAAUAUGGAAUAAGAAACCAAAUCCUCAUUUUCAAAUUCAUUUAGUUUCAGAUGAAGUUUGUAGAAACCCUGAAGUAUCAAUCAUACUAGAUAUUGAAUUUACACCAACUUAUCCAUUGAGUUCUCCAAAAGUCAAAUUACUUCAACCUCAUAACCUACUAAAAAUCCAUGUAUCUAAACUAAAAUCAAAGGUUGAUGAACUAUUAAAGGAGUACAAGAAUGAAGAGGUUGCAUUUACAAUCAUAUCUGAGCUUAAAUUUAUUUUGGAUGAAAUUCAAGCAACCACGGAAAAAGUGUUGUCGUUAGAAGAAGAAAGAGAACAGAGAUUGAGAAAUGAGAGAAUAGCACUAGAGGAGAAAGAAGCCAAACAACAACGAGAUAAAGAAUUGUCAACCAAGAAAAGAGGCAAAGAAUUAAAUGAACAAAUACAAAAACUCAAAGACGAAUUAGUCGAAGAAUCAGAUGAUGAGGAUGAACUGGCUGAUAUCGUGCCAUUGCCAGUGGAUCAUCAAAAUUAUUUUAUAUUUGAUAAUGAAAUGGAGGACAUACUACCAAAUAGUAGAAUUAAAUUUAAGUUUAGAGCAGUUUCAGGUUUUAUAAAGUAUACAAAAAGAGGUAUAUUCAAUUCGAUUGGUAAACAAAUGAUAGUUAAACCUUUUGUAACAAGAGAAAUUCAACAGAAAGCUGAUAAGCAAGGAUUGGAAUUAACUUACUUGUUAACAGAAAUAGUUUUGGAUAAUUCGUAUUGGCAAAAAGAUGGAGGUAAGCACGAAAUUCAGGAUCUAGAGAAGGAACUACAAAAUUGUCUAAAGCUAAGAGACCCACAUAUUUUGAAAUUAAUAGGUUUUCAAAUUGACAAAAACGAUGGAUGGAAAGUACGACUACUAAAUGAGUUCUCAUUCGUUGCAGAAUCAAUUAAUGAAAUUAUGCCUGCAAAAGGUCACAUAAGUCUACCACUAGCUAGAAAAUGGUUGAUGGAUUUGAUACCAGUAAUAGAGCAGUUACAUAACUCAGGAGUUAUACAUAAACUGAUUAAUUCAUUCACUGCUGUAAUAUUUGAUGAUGAAAAUGUUUUAAAUAGUAGUUAUUCAGAGUCAAGUUUAUUAAAUGAUACAAAAAUUAUAAAACUAUGUCAUCCAUCUUACGGUUAUAAAUUAAACAACAUGAUUGAAACUCAUCCAAAUGGUGGCACAACCAAAUUUCUCAAGGACAAAAACCAGGUACCUGAAUCAUGGAUCGCUCCAGAACUCAAGGCUAGUGGUGAUUAUAAUCCAAAGACAGAUGUUUGGGAUUUAGGUGUAUUAUUUUUAAAAGUUAUUAUGGGUAAGGACACAUUAAAUAAAGAUUUCCCAACACCAGAAGAGUUCAAUAAAAAGUUUGUUGAGAAAAUGAAACUACAAAGUGAAGAAUAUGCAGAGCUGGUUUAUGAUUUAUUGAACAAGCUAUUACAGUUAAAAUUUUCAAAAAGACCUACAUUAAUGGAAUUGAAUGCUGUUAAAUUUCUACGUGAUGGUCCUAUACUAAAGCAAACCACAACUCAUAUGCACAAUAAUGAUCAAAAAAGUCUAAGAUCCCCCACUACGAAAACACGAAGGAAAUUCUCAAACGAACUAAAAAAUCCAGAUAUAAUUCGAAAUUUAAAUUCAUCAAUGGUUUCAUCAGAAAAACAACGAAAUAGCAGAUAUGAAAGGGAUUUUGAAGAAAUUGGAAGAUUAGGUAAAGGAGGGUUUGGUGAUGUUGUGAAAGCCCGUAAUAGAAUGGAAGGUACAUAUUAUGCAGUCAAAAAAAUCAAACAUCGUGCAAAUAAAUUAGAUUACAUAUUGAGUGAAGUGCUAUCAUUAGCAAGAUUGAACCAUCAAUAUAUUGUAAGAUACUAUAGUACAUGGGUUGAGGAAGACGAAGAAGAAAAUAAUAAUGAAGAUGAAACUGAAUCUUCUAUUGUUCCGACUAACGAAGAAGCAAUACAAGAAGACGAAUCUGAUAUGUCAAGUCUAAAUCAUACAAACCAAUCAUCAUCGUAUUUACCAACACACAAUAGCUCAUUUCAAAUAGAUUAUAUGUCCAGAUCUUUUGAUCCUAGAGUGGAAUUUGAUGAUGAAUCAUUUGGCAAUAAAUUUGAGGAUGAUGAAGAAGAUGAAGAUGGAUUUGUUUUUGCAAAUUCAACUGAUUUGGAUAACACUAAAGAAGAAAGUGCAAGUACAACAGCACUGGAGUCAAAUAAUGCUAUAUUUAAACCAACUGUACCACCAAAAGUUGAACAAAAAUUCUAUCCCAAAUCUAUACUUUAUAUUCAAAUGGAAUUUUGUGAGAAUAAUACAUUAUUGAAUUUAAUAGAGCAAGGACUACCAGGAAACCCUAGUGAAUAUUGGAGAUUAUUUCGUCAGUUAUUAGAAGCUGUCUCAUACAUCCAUAGAGAAGGUUUCAUCCAUAGAGAUUUAAAACCAAUGAAUAUUUUUAUUGAUAGAUCAAAUAAUAUAAAAGUUGGAGAUUUUGGAUUAGCUAAAAAUUCUCAGUUUUUACCAUCAGUGCAACAAAUAAAUGAGAAAGUUGAUAAAGCAACAACUAGAAAUGGUGAAUUAUCAACUGUUGUAGGUACUGUUUUUUAUACUGCUCCUGAAGUGUCGUCUGGUAGAUAUGAUGAAAAAGUUGAUAUGUUUUCUUUAGGUGUGAUAUUCUUUGAAAUGUGUUACUCAUUAUCAACAGGUAUGGAAAGGGCACUAAUUUUGAAUAGAUUGAGACAACAAGUAUAUCCAACUAAUUGGAAAAAUUCACCAGAAAAGAAAAUUGUUGAACAAUUAUUAAAUCCUAACGCAGAACAAAGACCAAGUGCUUCUGAGUUAUUGCAAAGCAGUUAUUUACCAAUAGAACAUCAAGAUCAAGUGAUCAAAGAAGCAUUGAAAUCAUUAGCUGAUCCCGCUUCACCAUGGCAACAACAGGUACGAGAAACUUUAUUUAAUCAACCUUACUCAUUGGCAAAAGAUUUAUUAUUUGAUAGUGAUAACAAGUAUUCAGAAAUUUCCGCAAAUGAUUAUCUUUUAUUCAAUAAGAUUGUUGAUGAGUUAGUCAAAAUUUUCCAUAAACAUGGUGCAAUUGAAAAUAUAAAUACAAAUUUAAUACUACCUAAAAUUCCCAAUUUACAAAAAAAUCAAGUCUAUGAAGUUUUAGAUAGAAGUGGUCAAGUUUUAACAUUACCUUAUGAUUUGAUUAUACCAGUUGCUAGAUUUAUAAGUAAAAAUGAAGUCAACAUUUCAAAAUUUUAUCGUCAUGAAUUUGUAUACAGACCGAAUUUAAAAGGGAUGGGAAUGCCAGAUACUUAUAGUGCUAUGAAUUUUAAUAUAAUUAGUACAUCAGAUAAUGACAUUAUUACUAAUGAUGCUGAAUGUAUAAAAAUAGCUGAUGAAGUUUUACAUAUGAUACCAAACUUGCCAGUCAAAAAAAUUAUAUUAAUCAAUAAUUAUGAUAUUUUAAAUGCUGUUAUUUCAUUUGCUUUUAAAAAUGUUCCAAUAGAUGAUCAAAAGAGAAUAGAGGUGUUUCAAGUUUUAUCGCAAUUAGGUAUAGACAAAACUAAUGAUGAAAUAAAAAAAAUCUUAAAGGAAGAUUUUCAAAUACCAAGAAUAGCAGUUGAAGAAUUAAUUGGAAAUUUUAGAUUUACAUGUUCAAUUCACGAAGCAAGACAUAAAUUACAGAAAUUAAUGAUUGAUUCUCCACAUCUAAUAAAAGUUGAAAAAUCAUUUGCUUACUUGAUUAAAGUAUUGGAUAUACUAAAGCAAUUUCAAAUACAAAGUGAAGUUUUGUUUAAUCCAUUGAUCAAUUAUGAUAAUCAAUAUUAUCGUCAUGGACUAAUGUUUCAAGCUGUUAUAAAAAGUGAGAAAUCGAAAAGGUUCAACAGAAUCAUAACUGGUGGUAGAUUUGAUUCAUUAAUAAAUUCGUUCAAAGAUAUAUCAAUUACUACCACAAAUUCAACAAAUCUACAUAAACAAUAUAACGGAGUUGGAUUUACUUUAACUACCUCCUUUUUAUUCACAUUAAUGAAAAACAUUAUAUCAAGAAAAAUACCAAGUAAAUUUGAGAUACUGAAAUGGAAAGGUAAUAGAUGUGAUGUUAUAGUUAGUUCAACUCAACAAGAUAAUAUUGACAUAUGUGGUUACGAAAUUUUAGGUAGGUUAUGGUCAAAAAACAUAAGCUCGGAUAUUUUGAAUGCAAAUACUCAAGACGAAAUUAUAAAUCAAGCUUAUCUAGAUGGUGCAAAAUAUGUUGUUUUAAUUAGACAGUCACAACAAUUAGUAAGUAGUAAAAGACAUAGUUCUAAAAAAUCAUCAAUAUUUAAACCACUAAAGAUCAAAUGUUUAACUUCUGGAAAAGACGUUGAUUUGGAUAACUAUGACGAAUUAAUUAGCUUUUUAUCAUCAGAUCUAGGAGAGGAUACAGCACCAACAAAUCCAGAAUACGAAGAAGAAGAAACAGAAGUAGAUUUUGAAAAUGAUAAACCAGAAGUAGAAUUAACCACUAUCGAUUUAAAUCAAAAAAUAACAGUAGUAAAUAAUGAUGCACCAAGAGGUCGUAAAAACAAUAAACGAGAAAAAUGGGAAAUUGAAAAUAACGCUAAAAUAAUAGGUGGUAAAGCAAUACAAACUUUAGCACAAGGACCAGUAUUAAUAUUUGAUUUAAGAGAUGAAGUUUUAGAUAUGAUUAGUAUUACUUCAAUACAUCAACAAGAUGAAUGGAUUAGAAAAGUAGUAUUUAGUUCAAAUAAUUUACCAAAAAGUUUUGCAAUGAAUAUUUUAAAUUGUCUUGUUAAAGAAUCAUUAAAGGGUCAUAAAUGGUGUAUAUUAGUUUCUUCAAGGACUCAAUAUACUACAAUUGUUGAUUUAAGAAGAUAA